GUGGAAAAUGUAAACACGCGUUUUGACAACGCGUCAAAAAGAGAAGAAAAAAGUCUGUGAAAAACUCGCUUUUGCAAUUUUUGCAAUGGAUAGGAGCAUUAACAGAAACAUAAAGGUAGGAAAUGCGGUGCAAUACAACGAUGAAAGUGAAAAUAACUUCUUCUUGCAUUGCGAUAUCAUAAAGGAAGAGUUUGAAAUCCAAGAAAUUUAUGAAGAAAAUCCAAUGGAAAGCCCGUCAGGUUCAGAAGUUCCGAGCUAUAGCAAGAAUAAUGAGGAGUUUGUUAGCUUCGAGAUCACACAAUUCACACCACAACGAUCUCGACGAGGACAAAACAGAAGGAAUAAUCUUCAGUGCGUCUAUUGCAGCAAGAUUUACUAUGAUAAAUACCAAUUGGCAACACACAUAAAAACCCACAUAGAGAAACCCGUGCGAUGUUUCAUCUGCAAGAGGGUAUACAAACACACAGCGAGUCUAAGAUUGCAUCUUCAGAAGCAACAUUAUAUCUUUAAGACGCCAAAGGAGCUAAAAGCGGAAAUGAAGCAAAUGCAAAGAGAGGACAAAGACGAGAAAGUUAAAACGGUCGUCAAAAUUGAAAAUCAUGAAAAACUCGAAGUUAUGAUUUGCAAAGUCUGCGAACAUACAUUCACAUCGAAAUAUCGCUACGAAAGGCAUCUCGGGACACAUAAAAUCUUUCAGUGUGAGACUUGCAUGAGAAAGUUUACAAAGAAGCAAGCGCUGCUGGAUCACGUGAGUAUCCACAAGAAUGAGAAGCCCUUUUGCUGUAACCGUUGCGACAAAACAUUCAGAUUGGAAACACACAUGAAGAUUCAUAUGAAGAAGAUUCACAUGCCAUCGACUGGUGAGCCCGAGCACUGCCCCUACUGCGCGAGGAGGUACAACCAGCUUUCUCGCCUGCAGACACACUUGAAGAAUUGCCAUCGGGGUCUUCCCAGGAUUCCCCGAUCGGUUCCCAAGUGCACAGUGUGCAGCGAGAUCUUCAAGAACAUGAGGGAAUUGAUAGCACAUGUGGCCGUACAUCGAGACGAGCGACUGGAAAAGAUUUUUGAAUGUGCAAUUUGUGACUUGAAGUUCAGAGUGAAGCACACAUUAGCACGGCACAUUGAGAAAAUCCACUUGCGAUUGAGUAAUGAAUGGAAGAAGAAGCAAUACUACAAAUGUCCAGAUUGCGAGAAAUCAUACACCAGCAAACACUAUAUGGAGAUUCACAGAAGAAUUCACAGCUCUCAGUCUGAUGAUCAAGUAGACCAGUACAUCAACUGUGAAAUAUGCUCAAAACCAUUUAAGACAAUGUUUAAACUGAAAAUUCACAUGAAGAACCAUGAAAUUAUCGAUAAACUGGGAAAAAUGUGUCCCUAUUGUUUAAAGGUUUUCGAUAAGAACAAGACCAGUUUGAUAAACCACUUGAGAGCGGGCCAUCGUGGACUUCCUUUCAACACUAAAGAUCCACCCUUCAGAUGCGGCGUUUGCAAGGAUGUUCAAAAGACAUUGGACGACCUGAAGAAACACGUUAUAAUGCACGCGGAUGAUUUUAAGUGUGAGGAAUGCGGGAGGAAUUUUCACAGCACGAGCACACUAAGGAAACACUUUAACAAAUUUCACUAAAUAUCAAGCUUUUAAGCGCAAGAUUUGAGAAGUAGUUUCCUAAACAUUUCAUUUCCAUGACUGUUAAUGAUUAUAGACAUAGAUAAUAAUUAAAGAUAAGAAUAUAAGUAAAGUAUUAGUGUAAAUAUGCAAGACAUGAUUGUACAGAUAAAAAUCUAUGGAAUAAUUGCGGAAAAACUCGAGGCAAUAUUAAUGUAUUUUAAUUAAGAGAAUAUUCCAUGCUUCUUGAUUCUCAUCAAAUUUACAGCACAAAAGUCCGAGAAGGACAAAAAUGAUUAUGAUCAACGAAUUCCAAAAGAAUCCUUGUAGCCUAGUUUGAAGCUAGUUUAAGACAAACCUCAAAAUUCAAAUCUUAAUUCUUUUAUAAUAUAAAAAUUAUGCUAAUAAACAGAGGGAAGCAUCCU